UAUACAAAAUUGAGUCACAACAACUUUGGCAAUUGUUGUCUUCAGAACAAAAAUGCCAGAGAAAAAGUCUUUCGUAUGGGGUCAAUGUGGCCUAUCAACGAUAUUACAAUGGUGUUUUAUAUUUGGAUUAUCAGGGAUGACAGUGUUUCAAUUAUUAGAACUCGAAAAAGUGAAACAAGAGUUGGAGAUAUUAAGACAUGGAUGUGAUAUGAUUUUGCAACAAAACAACAAAGCUACUGGUCAAUAUUUAGUACAAGAACCACGAGACAGAGUCAGACGACAAACAGCAACAAACAUUUCACUGCAAGACAUCCAGAACGAAAUCCAGAAAUAUUGUGUAAACAGCACAACGUGUCAACCGGGCCCUAAGGGUGAUAUUGGACCACAGGGGCCUCCGGGCAACAACGGUACUGAUGGCCAACAGGGUCUUAAGGGUGAUACUGGACCACAGGGGCCAACUGGUAAUAACGGUACGGAUGGGAUAAAUGGGCUUCCUGGAUUACCAGGUCAACAAGGGGCUAAGGGUGAUAUUGGACCUCAAGGACUCAACGGAUCUGAUGGUCAACAGGGCCCUAAAGGUGAUAUUGGACCACAGGGGCCUCCAGGCAACAACGGUACUGAUGGCCAACAGGGCCCUAAAGGUGAUAUUGGACCACAGGGGCCUCCGGGCAACAACGGUACUGAUGGCCAACAGGGUCUUAAGGGUGAUACUGGACUACAGGGGCCAACUGGUAAUAACGGUACGGAUGGGAUAAAUGGGCUCCCUGGAUUACCAGGUCAACAAGGGGCUAAGGGUGAUAUUGGACCUCAAGGACUCAACGGAUCUGAUGGUCAACAGGGCCCUAAAGGUGAUAUUGGACCACAAGGGCCUCAGGGAUUGAACGGAUCUGAUGGUCAACAGGGAGCAAAGGGUGAUAUUGGACCUAAGGGUGACAUUGGACCACAAGGGCCACAGGGAUUGAACGGAUCUGAUGGUCAACAAGGAGCAAAGGGUGAUAUUGGACCUAAGGGUGACAUUGGACCACAAGGGACUCAGGGUUUGAACGGAUCUGAUGGUCAACAGGGAGCAAAGGGUGAUAUUGGACCUAAGGGUGACAUUGGACCACAAGGGUCUCAGGGAUUGAACGGAUCUGAUGGUCAACAGGGAGCAAAGGGUGAUAUUGGACCUAAGGGUGAUAUUGGACCACAAGGGCCACAGGGAUUGAACGGAUCUGAUGGUCAACAAGGAGCAAAGGGUGAUAUUGGACCUAAGGGUGACAUUGGACCACAAGGGACUCAGGGUUUGAACGGAUCUGAUGGUCAACAGGGAGCAAAGGGUGAUAUUGGACCUAAGGGUGACAUUGGACCACAAGGGCCUCAAGGAUUGAACGGAUCUGAUGGAACAAAUGGUUCCGACGGGCCAAAGGGAGAUAAAGGUGACACGGGAUCGCAAGGACCACUUGGAUUAGUGGGAAGUCAGGGGCAAAAAGGCGAACCUGGUGUAAACGGGUUUAAAGGAGAGAAGGGUGAAAACGGAACUGAUGGUGGUAAAGGAGAGAAGGGGGAACAGGGUAAAGAAGGUCUACCGGGAAAGGACGGGUCUAAAGGUGACACAGGUGCAAUUGGCAGCAUGGGGUUGUCAGGAGACAAGGGCGACAAAGGCGAUCAAGGUAGCACAGGAAGUCAAGGUCAGAAAGGCCUUGAUGGUCUGAAUGGGUCUAAAGGAGAACCUGGGGAGAAAGGGGACCCAGGCCUUCGUGGUCUUGGCGGAUUACCGGGACAAAUGGGACAAAAAGGGGAGCAAGGAGAUAAAGGUGAUCUUGGGUUAAGUGGUUCAAAGGGUGAAAUGGGUGCACCAGGUUUAAAGGGAGACAUGGGUCCAUCGGGAAGAGAUGGGCUUAAUGGGACGGAAGGACAGAAAGGCGACAUGGGAACAGCUGGUACCCCUGGAAAUAAAGGAGAGAAGGGAGAUAUAGGUACGACCGGUUCUAUUGGACCAUCAGGACAAAAAGGAGAGCAAGGCCUGAAAGGGGAUAUUGGAAAUCAAGGAAUACAGGGGAUUAAAGGGGAUUCAGGAGCGACCGGGCCCUCGGGACAAAAAGGGGAACAAGGCUUGAAAGGAGAGAUUGGGAUUCAAGGAGUCAAAGGAGAGAAAGGAGAACACGGUUUAAGUGGUUUACCGGGUCAGGUUGGGGACAAGGGAGAGCCGGGUAUUCAAGGACCCCAAGGUCCCAUUGGUUCUACUGGCAAGGAUGGUAUGAAAGGGGAGAAAGGAGUUAAUGGCACUGACGGUGUAGACGGCCGAGACGGAGCCAAGGGAGAGCAAGGCUUCCAGGGAGUAAAGGGUGAACCUGGAACGCAAGGAAUUGCCGGCCUACCUGGACAGAAAGGAGACACCGGCAGCCCUGGACAAAAGGGAGGAAAUGGCACUGAUGGUGUAGAUGGUCGAGACGGAGCCAAUGGCGUACAGGGGCUUCCUGGAGUGAAGGGAGAACCUGGGACUCAAGGAAUUUCAGGGCUGCCAGGACAGAAAGGAGACACCGGAAGUCCUGGACAAAAAGGUGACACAGGGCCGUCCGGUUUAAACGGUCUUAUUGGAGCACCGGGACUGAAGGGUGAAAUGGGACCAACUGGGGCGAAGGGUGAGACAGGGGCAACGGGUAUUGGUUUGCAGGGUAUAAAGGGUGAAUCUGGCGUCAAGGGUGAGCCGGGAUUCACUGGACCACAAGGACUGAAAGGGGAACAAGGGGCACCGGGCAAAUCACCGGAUAACGAUUGCUGUCAAAAUUUGAAGGUGCCGACGUUUGAAGGCGGCACCGGUGAAGAGACCGUCACCACAGUCGUUGGCAAUACAAUCCUGCUGCCGUGCGUCGUCGCCGGCAACCCGGAGCCGACGGUCACCUGGUUGAGAGACAACGGCGAAAUCCCGGCGAACAGAACUGUGAAUACACCAAUAGGUAUCGCAAUAGACGCAGUGCAGGUGGGGGACUCGGGUAGAUACAUCUGCAAGGCCAACAACAUCCUUGGCACCACCACCAAGACAUUCAUUCUGAAUGUGUCAGCUGGCCAAGCGAUUGUGACGCCUGUGCGGAGGUUCGUUUCCGUGCGUCCAGGGGAUACCGUGGAUGACGGAUGUACGGUACAGAAUGUCAAGCAACAUGUAACCACUUACUCCAAGGUUCAUGGCGGUUUGCCCUCGCACAAUAUCCUGCCGAACGAGGACAUCGUGUUCCGGUUCCUGUCCACGAACGACUCCGGGGAGUAUCAGUGUACCUCCGUCACAGAUCAGGGAACUUUCACCGCCUCUUUCUUCGUGUAUCACAACCUGACGUCUUUCUCAUGUGACCAACCGUUCCAAGUGUGUGCGCAAGAUGGCGCUGUGUGCGGAGCGGAAUGUCCACAAGGCUGUACCAACUUGAACCCCCAAUUUGUAGCUACGAAAUAUUCCGUGAACCUACCAAUCUGUCGCGCGGCUAUUAACAACGGCAGGAUCGACGCCCGAGGAGGCCAGGUUGUAUUCCAGGUCCUUCAGAGCACAGGUACUUCGGAAAUUGUUGUCAAAACAAAAAUGACAGACAAAAAACUUUUCGUUUGGGGACCAUGUAGUAUAUCAACGAUAUUACAGUGGUGUUGUAUAUUUGGAUUAUCAGGGAUGGCAGUGUUUCAAUUAUUAGAACUCAAAAAAGUGAAUCACGAGUUGGAGAUAUUAAGAUCUGGAUGUACUAUGAUUUUGCAACAAGACACCAAAGCUAUUGGUCAAUUUUUAGUACAAGAACCACGAGACAGAGUCAGGCGACAAACAGCAGCCAACAUUUCACUGCAAGACAUUCAGAACGAAAUCCAGAAAUAUUGUGUAAACAGCACAACGUGUCAACCGGGCCCUAAGGGUGAUAUUGGACCACAGGGGCCUCCGGGCAACAACGGUACUGAUGGCCAACAGGGUCUUAAGGGUGAUACUGGACCACAGGGGCCAACUGGUAAUAACGGUACGGAUGGGAUAAAUGGGCUCCCUGGAUUACCAGGUCAACAAGGGGCUAAGGGUGAUAUUGGACCUCAAGGACUCAACGGAUCUGAUGGUCAACAGGGCCCUAAAGGUGAUAUUGGACCACAGGGGCCUCCGGGCAACAACGGUACUGAUGGCCAACAGGGUCUUAAGGGUGAUACUGGACCACAGGGGCCAACUGGUAAUAACGGUACGGAUGGGAUAAAUGGGCUCCCUGGGUUACCAGGUCAUCAAGGGGCUAAGGGUGAUAUUGGACCUCAAGGACUCAACGGAUCUGAUGGUCAACAGGGCCCUAAAGGUGAUAUUGGACCACAGGGGCCUCCGGGCAACAACGGUACUGAUGGCCAACAGGGUCUUAAGGGUGAUACUGGACCACAGGGGCCAACUGGUAAUAACGGUACGGAUGGGAUAAAUGGGCUCCCUGGAUUACCAGGUCAACAAGGGGCUAAGGGUGAUAUUGGACCUCAAGGACUCAACGGAUCUGAUGGUCAACAGGGCCCUAAAGGUGAUAUUGGACCACAAGGGCCUCAGGGAUUGAACGGAUCUGAUGGUCAACAGGGAGCAAAGGGUGAUAUUGGACCUAAGGGUGACAUUGGACCACAAGGGCCUCAGGGAUUGAACGGAUCUGAUGGUCAACAGGGAGCAAAGGGUGAUAUUGGACCUAAGGGUGACAUUGGACCACAAGGGCCUCAAGGAUUGAACGGAUUUGAUGGAACAAAUGGUUCCGACGGGCCAAAGGGAGAUAAAGGUGACACGGGAUCGCAAGGACCACUUGGAUUGAGUGGUUCAAAAGGUGACACAGGUGCAAUUGGCAGCAUGGGGUUGACAGGAGACAAGGGCGACAAAGGCGAUCAAGGUAGCACAGGAAGUCAAGGUCAGAAAGGCCUUGAUGGUCUGAAUGGGUCUAAAGGAGAACCUGGGGAGAAAGGGGACCCAGGCCUUCGUGGUCUUGGCGGAUUACCGGGACAAAUGGGACAAAAAGGGGAGCAAGGAGAUAAAGGUGAUCUUGGGUUAAGUGGUUCAAAGGGUGAAAUGGGUGCACCAGGUUCAAAGGGAGACAUUGGUUCAUCGGGUAGAGAUGGACUUAAUGGGACGGAAGGACAGAAAGGCGUCAUGGGAACAGCUGGUACCCCUGGAAGUAAAGGAGAGAAAGGAGAUAUAGGAACAACCGGUUCUAUUGGAUCAUCAGGACCAAAAGGUGAGCAAGGGGAUAAAGGUGAUCUUGGUUUAAGCGGAUCAAAGGGUGAAAUUGGUACACCAGAUUUAAAAGGAGACAUUGGUCCGCCGGGAAGAGAAUGGCUUAAUGGGACAGAAGGAAUGAAGGGAGACAAUGGACAAUCAUUGGAUGAUUCUUGUCCCCAAGGAUGCAAGGGUGCGCCUGGAUCGCCGGGACUCAAGGGGGAGCCAGGCAGUCCGGGUCUUGCGCAAAGUACAGAUUGCUGUCAAAGACUUAGUCCACCAACAAUUCAAGCUGAGCCGGGCGAAGAGAUCAUUAUUGUAAACGUAGGAAAUACGGUAUUGCUACCUUGUGUGGUCGAGGGGUAUCCAGAACCAAAGGUUACAUGGAAGAGAGAAAACGGUGAAUUUCCUGCAAACCGAACCGUGUACAUUUCAUUAGGUAUCGCAAUAGAAGCCGUGCAAGUGAAUGACUCCGGUCGAUACGUGUGCACAGCAACCAACAUCUUUAAAGAAGAGAGAAAGGUUUUCAUUCUGCAAAUACAUACGCAUUAAUUGUGUCGUGUUCUGAGAAAACUGGGCUUAAUGCAUGUGCGAAAAGUGUCAUCCCAGAUUUGCCUGUGCAGUCCGCACGGGAUAAUCAGGGACGACACUUUUCGCCUUAACUUGAUUUUCGGUAAGGAGGGACUUCCUCGGAACUAAACAUACCAUUAAAGCGGAAAGUGUCGUCCCUGAUUAGCAUAAACAGGCUAAUCUGGGAUGACACUUUACGCACAUGCAUUAAGCCCAGUUUUCACAGAACAAAGGCUCAAUUUAAAAUGAAGACUUCAACGGACUUUUUCAGGAGCAUUCAUGUUGUGAAAACUAUAAACCAAUUCACAGACUAAUGAGUAACUUCCUUUCCCUUCCAAUAACCUUUCUACGUGCGGUGAAAGCAGUCUCCACUGUGUUUAUUCAAGAAAUGGAUAAUGCGUUACCCGGGCAACUUACGGGCUAUGCAUACUGCGAAUAGCACAUCCGUCAUUACAAGUACUCAUGUCCCAAACUCGUCAUAACAAUAUUUUCCAUGUUAGACUCAAAAUUGAUUAGGAUAUAUAUUAAUAUGCUAAGUAAUUAUGGCGGAUGGCUGAUUUGCAAAUCAACUUUAUCAUGACAAAGAAGUAAAAGACCUAAACAUUAAAUCAGAUUCCUUAAAAUAGUAUGUGUGUAUGGCUAAGUGUCUCAUUGAAAAACGAUGAAAUAUAAAUGCAGAAACAUAUUAUCAGGAUAAAUGUAUUUGUAAAAAAGAAAAGAAAACUAUAUCUCAUUCUAUAUCAAUUUUUUUUGAAAGAGUGUUUAUUAUAUACUGAACAUAUUAAUGAUUUAAGGAAAAUGGAAUUUUACAUAUAUGAUUUUAGGAAAAUGGAAUUUUACAGUGUUCAAGAUUAAUUAGUUCGUUGUGUUGGCAUUUGUACAUAUUAAUGGAUAAUUUUUAAAAGAGUACAUGCAUUUUUUCAACUUUCGCGCAGAGAUUCGACUGAACUAUCAUAGCUCGAUUAAAUCCCUGCCGUUAUAACAAACCACGUGACGAUAGCCGAGUCAAGUUGAAAAAUCAUCUAACCAUUAUUGUCGUUGUAUUAAUGACGUUUUUGUUAUUAUGAACCUUAACGUAUACACUAUUUUCAAAAUAUUAACGACAAUAUUACUGCAUGUCAUAAUAUAAUACAAACAAUACAAUCCUUUUAGAUCUG